CUAGUCUUUUGGUGAGUCCUUCUUCAUCUUCACAUAAGUUGUUGAGGCAAAAGUUGAGAUGCAUUCUUCUGUGCUGCUAAUGCUGUGGAUAUUAGGAGCAUCAGUCAUGUGGGCACACUCAGCUACCACUACAGAGAAACCCACCGAAACUCCCAUUCCAUGCUCCAAAGGCUGCACCUGUCUCAUUGAUGACUACAGUUCCGACCUCAGUGUAUACUGCAGCUCACGCAAUCUUACUCUUGCACCUCCCGAUGUUCCUAAGUCCACACAUUCAUUAUGGCUGGAUGGAAAUCUAUUUACGUCCCUGCCUGCUGCAACCUUCAAGGAUCUAAAUUACUUAGAUUUUUUGAACUUACAGAAUGGUCAGCUUUACACACUGGAUGCGCAGGUAUUCAGAGGAUUACGUUCAUUGGCACAUCUACAUUUGGAGCGCAACAACAUUCGAACAUUACCAGGUAUUGUUUUUCAAAACACACCCAAUCUUGCCUCACUGAGUCUUCACAAUAACCAGCUUUCAAGAAUAGAAGACAGACUGUUUGCUGGUCUUUCUAAUAUGUGGCUGCUAAAUCUAGGAUGGAACUCACUUGCUGUGUUGCCUGAAAAUAUUUUUCAGGAUCAGCAAGGCCUGCGAGAACUGGUACUUGCAGGAAAUCGCCUAGUUUACCUGCAAACACAGUUGUUCCAUCACCUUACAGAGCUCAAGGAGUUAGAUAUUACUGGAAAUCAUCUGAAGGUUAUUAAGGCCAAUGUAUUCCAUAAGCUUUCAAAGCUGCAGAAACUUUAUCUGGCACAAAAUCAAAUUACUUCAAUUGCACCCAGAGCAUUUUCUGGAAUGAAAUCAUUACGAUGGUUAGACCUAACUAACAACCGACUCGCAGUAAUCCACGAGGAAACCUUUAUAGGUCUUCAUAGUCUACAUGUACUUCGCCUCUCUAACAAUUCCAUCACCAGCCUCAGGCCUGGGACAUUUCGUGACUUGCAAUACCUUGAGGAACUUCGUCUUAGCCAUAACCGAAUAAUUGUCUUGGGGGAAAGAAUCUUUGAGGGACUUGGUCAUCUAGAAAUGUUGGAGCUGGAACACAAUCAUGUCCAAACAGCACGUAUGGGUACCUUCCUGGGUCUUUCUCAUGUGGCUGUAAUCAACCUGUCUGGCAGCUGUUUUCGUAGUCUACCUGAUCAAGUUUUCAAGGGCCUGUCAAAGCUGCACAGUCUCCAUCUUGAUAAAGGAUGCCUGUCAAAAAUAACAGCUCAAGCAUUCAUUGGCCUCACAGGUCUCCGACGACUUUUUCUUCAGCACAACAACAUUUCUGCAGUGGAGCACCAGAGCUUUUCAGAGCUGCAAGGCCUGCAACAGCUUGACCUACGAUUUAACAAGAUUACACACCUUUCCUCACAGACAUUCUAUGGACUAAGGAAUCUUGACUACUUACUACUGUCAAAUAAUCAACUUCGUCAGCUUCAUCCAGAGGUCCUGCUACCUCUUCAGCGUAUUUCCUGGCUGGAUCUCUCUGCAAACCGGCUUGACCACUUAAUGAAUGGAACCAUGCAGAUGUUGUCCAAAUUGCGUUAUCUCAACUUAAAAGAUAAUUCACUGGCCAAUCUUCCAUCUGCAAUUCCUAAUAGUCUAGACCAACUCUGGCUUUCAGGAAACCAUUGGAAAUGUGACUGUCAUGCUUUACCUCUAAGGGAUUAUUGUGUCAAGAGACCUCAGGCAUGUCCACAACAGGUAGAAAUACUAGCUGAGAGUGAGGAACCCCAUGCUGUUGUCACUAUUUACAAUAAUAUCACAUGUGAUAGUCCUGAUAACCUUGCUGGCCUGGAUCUGAGGAACAUAAGUAAUGAGCAUUUUAAAAACUGUUGAUUUGACCAACAUUUCAUAUAGAAGUUAGGAGUGAAAGGAAUUGUUGGACUUUAAGUUUUAAAAGGCCCUCUCCGAUUAGCUUAAUUAUAUUUACCAUUAUUACUAAAACAUAACAUGUUAUCUGCAUUCUUACAGGCCAUUUUUUAAAUAUACCAUAUCUUUAACAUUCUA